AUGGUGGCCUCGGCCGUGCUGGUCACUGGCCUCCCGGGGUCCGGAAAGAGCGCGCUGCUGACGGAGCUGCUCGGCGACGGGAGGAAUGGCACAAUGCGAGCUGCCGUUUGCGUUCAUCGCCAUGCGCGUGCCUUCGGCUUGGAGACCACGCCUUUGACAGUGGAUACGCUGCCUUGCGUGCACUACUCCGAGGUAUUCGACUUUGGAUCAGGAUGCCUUUGCUGCUCUCCAGAUGGCGAUCUGGUUAGAUUGCUGUCAGACCUGUGCUCCAGACAGUCGGAGCUGAAGCUCUCACAUCUUUUCAUAGAGACGACCGGUGUGGCAGAUCCCAACCCCUUCGUCCGAGUUUUUGACAACGAGCUCUUUGCACAACACUUUGAAUUGCGAUCCGUUAUCUGUGUGGUGGACCUGCAGCGCGUUCAGAGUAUCCUGAACGAGCCAAAGGACGCAGGUGCACCAGGGGCAGGAUCUCGAGGAAUUGUUCAAUUGAAGUGUGCAGACAUUCUGGUCCUCAAUCACGCGGAUGAGCUUCGGAAAGAGUUCACUACGGAGUCCAAAGAGACUCGUGUCCAUGAAGUCCGAGACAUUCUGCUGCAACGCACUGGAGACAACGAGGCUCCAUCUGUCCUGGGCCCCUGCAGCUUCUGCAAACUUGGGCAGCAGGCACUGUCAGCAGUCUUCACAAUUCCUCGAUGUCGAGGUCAUUCCAAGGCAACCAGCUGCGCACUCCCAGCUCCUUCAAACUUCAUGCUGCGUUUCGGGCCUGGCCCAGGCCACGACGCCGCCUGCAGCACCGCCUGUCUCGUCCGGUCGAGGGGUGGGGUCUGCUUUGACGCCGCCCUGGCCAUGUUGCAGCUUCUCUUGGACUCGGGGCAGGCCUACCGCAUUCAAGGCUACCUGUCCUUCCUCCCGAAAGACCUCGAAGCGGCUUCCGGGGGGGACCCGCAAGUGUCUGCCUCCACAUUUCCACCGCCGCUGCGAAGACUAUGGGCGCUGCCAAUGGUCGUUGUGCAAGGUCUAUACCGAGGACAGCUUAGCAUCAGGGCUGUGACCUCAGUCUCGGCACCUGGCAGCGCGCUAGAGACUGCGGAGAAGUCCGGGAUUCCGUGGCAGGAGACCGCUUUUGAUUCUGCAGCUGCUGACAGGGGCGGCUGUAAGAUUUUUAUUUGCGGCGCUACUCUUGAUGAGACGGCUUUGAAGGCUCAAAUGCAACAUUGCGCCCAACAUGGCUUUGAGGGCCCAGUCUGCAACUUGGAAGAGGCUUGGCCAGAAGCUGCUCGAGCCAUGGAUGCAAUGGAGCAGUCAGUGGCAGCAUUGAUUCGUCGUGGCAUCGGUCCACUAGACGUGCGCGACAGCGAUAGCAGCGACAGCCGUUCCGUGGCGGAGGCCUUCGCGGCCGGCCUGGCCUUGGCCCUGGACGUCGCGCCUCCUUCGAGGACAAAGGAGGCCGAGCUCCGGGAGUGCCGAGAGCUGCGCUGUUCCGGGCGCCGGCGGCCAGGACGACGAAGCCAAGUAACCGAAGCGGUGGAGGUGAGCUGGAAGCAAGAUACUGGCGACAUUUCAGUGUUUGCAGCUGGAUCGGUGCCGGUGGUCAUGCAGGACUUGAUGGGUUAUGGCAGUGGCCUUCGCUACUGCACGAGCUCCGCCUGUAGUCCCUACAUUCCCCUCGUGGUGGGCAGUGAGGUUUUCUGCAAGCCUGCCUGA